GAUUUACAAGCCAUCUAUGCAAAAAGUUUUAUAAAUAAAUUUCAUUUAGUAUUCCUAAACAGCAAGAUUCUCUUUAAAAAUUUUUACAAGUAAAGAUCUAAACACAGCCUUAGUGUAACUUGUGCAGUGCAGUGACAAAUUUUUACCGUGCAUAGUAGAACUGUAUUACUGGGUGUAUUCGGUAGAAAAGAGCACCUCGUUUGCCAAUGCUUGGUUUCCGCCGGAGACGUGGCUGAUGACGAACCACCGGAGUGUAUCAGUUGCACGCUGCAGAGCUCUUGUUUCUGCAGCAUUUACCAGUAGGAAUUCUUCCCCAUUUCUUUCCGCCACCUCUGCCGCCGUGGUUUGUGAAUCGUGAUCCUUUUAGAAGCGCCACCAUGCCGCGAAGUAGACCACCAGUCGCAGCUGGUGGGCAGGCAAGGGCACCAAACCAAGCAAACGAUCCCCACUUUUUUCAUGAGAUUGCGCGCAUGAAAACGGUGGUCACCCUGUUCGUCAACCAUCUGCGAUAUGCGCCUCAAGUCUCUGACCUUGUCCUCGCCGUACCGAAAGUUUCGUCUGCUGGCAGCCAUCAAGGAGAGAGAAAUAACCGGAUGCUGUCGCCAUUAUCUCUGUUCCUGAAUCCUGAACUGUUUGUCAGCCCUCCUGUCUUGACCUUGCCUGUGAGAAUGGACCAUUGCGAGGACUAAGAAACCACCAUCUAAGUAGCAGGCUAGCAGCACACUUGUCUAGUGUUCGCGAUCAUUCAUCCAUAUAUCUCCCUCCUCCCUCCUCCCGUUUCCUCCUCGUUGCACCGGUUGAUCCGAUCCAGCAAUGGCGCCUCCUGAGAAAAUGCAUCGCCUGCAUCUGCAUCUAGCACCACUCCUCUUCACCCUACUCGCAUCACUGCCCCACUACUGCAAGCCCCAAUCGGACGCCUACUUCCGGUACAGCAGCUGCGCACCGAAACCUUACCACUGCGGGCCACUCCAGUUCGACAUCGCCUACCCGUUCUCGGUGGACGGCGUGGACCGGCCGGACUACUGCUCGGUCCCGGGGUACCUCCUCUCCUGCACGGACGGCGGCAAGCUGGUGACCACCAUGAACUCCUCCGGCGGCGGGCCGUUCCAGGUCACCGGCGUCGACUACGGCAACCGUCUCCUCACCGUCGUCGACGAGGGCCUAGCCGAGCAUACGUGCCCGCAGCCCUACCGGAACGCCACCUUCGACGGCGCCAUGUUCGCGUACACCGACCGCGACCAGUUCCUGACGGCGUACGUCAACUGCAGCGCCAGCUCGUCGUCGCUGCCUUUCGCGUCGGACUUCUUCUCGUGCCUGUCCGGGGGGCGGUCCUACUAUGCGCUGGACAACGGCACGGUGGCGCCGGACGUGCCGGGGUCGUGCAGCUCCACGCUUGUUCUCCCGUGCAGCUCGGCCAUGGCGGACUCGCUGGCCGCCGGGAACUCUACCUUUGGGGAUGUGAUAAGAGGCGGUUUUGCCGUGCGGUGGAAGGCGGGUGCGGGGUGGUGUGGAGACUGUAGGAACUCCGGAGGGUUCUGUGGGUAUAACUCCAGCAGUCCUAGUGAUCACACGUGCUUCUGCCCUGACGGUACAUCUAUUGGAUCAUGUUGUUCAGAGCUGAAGACAAAGCCGAGGAAAAUAGCACUUAGAAUUGGGAGCUCCAUAGCCACCGGCGUUCUGUGCUUGCUCCUUGCGGUCAUGACGUGCCUGUACAUCCGCAAGAGAAGGAAGUACAAGAUGACCUCGUCCUCCAGGCUCCUCAAGCACACGGCCUCCGGCGGGACGCCGCGUUCCAGGGGCAGCUCCGACGACACGGAGUCCGGCAGCGUCCACAGCCCGCACACGCACCACUUCACGUACGAGGAGCUGGAGGAGGCAACCGACAGCUUCAGCGGCGCAAUGGAGAUCGGCGACGGCGGCUUCGGCACAGUGUACAAAGGGCAGCUCCGAGACGGUCGCGUGGUGGCCGUGAAGCGGCUGUACAACAACAGCUGCCGGCGCGUGGAGCAGUUCCUGAACGAGGCGGCCAUCCUGUCCCGCCUGCGCCACCCGAACCUCGUCCUGUUCUACGGGUGCACGUCCAGCCGCAGCCGCGAGCUGCUGCUGGUGUACGAGUUCGUGCCCAACGGCACGGUGGCGGACCACCUGCACGGGCGCCGCGCGGCGGAGCGCGCGCUGCCGUGGCCGCUCCGCCUGAGCGUCGCCGUCGAGGCGGCCGCGGCGCUCGCGUACCUGCACGCUGUGGAGCCCCCCAUCGUGCACCGCGACGUCAAGACCACCAACAUCCUCCUCGACGCCAGCUUCCGCGUCAAGGUCGCCGACUUCGGGCUGUCCCGCCUCGUCCCGCCCGACGCCACGCACGUCUCCACCGCCCCGCAGGGCACCCCGGGGUACGUGGACCCGGAGUACCACCAGUGCUACCAGCUGACGGACCGGAGCGACGUGUACAGCUUCGGCGUCGUGCUCGUGGAGCUCAUCUCGUCCAAGCCCGCCGUGGACGUGACCCGGGGCCCCGGCGAGAUCAACCUGGCGGGCAUGGCCGUCAGCAAGAUCCAGCAGUGCCAGCUGGAGCAGCUGGUGGACCUGGGGCUCGGGUACGGCUCCGACGAGGCGACGCGGAAGGCGAUGACGAUGGUCGCCGAGCUGGCGUUCCGGUGCCUGCAGCAGAACGGCGAGAUGCGGCCGCCGAUCAAGGAGGUGUUCGACACCCUGAGGAGCAUCCAGGAGGGCGGGUUCGCCAAGGAGAAGAGGAAGGAAGACGCGCCCGACGCGCCGCGCUCCCCUAACACCGUGCACGCUCUGUGGGACAGCAUGAGCACAACAACCAGCGUUAGCAGCCAGUGACAGUGAGUAUACAUAGCAGGGAACAGAGUGCAUGACCGAAAGCUGUACGUCAUGGCGUGUCCCAAUGUCGCGUGCAAUUUUGUGGAGGGUCCCGGUUGUAUGCAGAUAGAUGUUCAUAUUUUUGGCCUUUGGUUCAUAUGUAUGUAAAUUAUGCAUUAUUUACAUAUUUUGAGACAGAUGAAAUGCA